AUGACAAAGACACAUGCGUUGAAUCUUGCCAAGUUCUCAUUUUCCUAUCGACUUUUGAAAGAGCUCAUUAUGCGGCUUGAUGGUGUAAAAGGAGGCGUGCCUCGUGAAUGGCACUCAUUCGUUGCUGCUGGUAUUAUUGGAUAUUUCGUAUUCGGUGAAGACAAUCCUGUAAAUGCACAGAUUAACAUGUACUUACUCUCACGGAUCAUGAUUGGUAUCGUGAAGUUGCUACUUAAAAAGGAAGUGCUACCAAAGCCAAACUUCCACUUCUAUCCAUUAUACGCCGCAUUUUGCUGGGCUGCAUCGUUAUGGUUAUUUGAGCACCAUACCGACGUCUUGCAAGGAUCCUUGGUAAAAAGCAUGACAUAUCUCCACAAAGACAUUGACUAUUGGUCUGAUUUCAAAACAUUUUUAAUCAAAAAUAAGUAGAUUUGUUAAGUUAGUUCAUCAUACUCAGGCACAUUAGUGAUAUCGUUUCUAAAGCUUUCAUUACCAAUAAUUUUUUCUUUUCUGUGUCCUUGGUGCGUCGUACAUCAUGCCUGGAGCUGAUUUGAUGCCUUUCAAUUUUUUUUUGUUUUGCAAUGUAUCCUUGGAAUAAUUCUAUUGGUAAACCAUUGUUGUCCUACUUCAGGUGAUUUUCAUAAGUUCCCCAUAGACACGCAAUCCUGUUCUGAAGCUUUGUAUUUAAAAAUUAAAAUUUAUCGCCUGAUCUACU